AUGAGCCUCACUCGAUCACUCAGGCAACUCCUUAGCCUCAGCCGACCAGCACCCCCCCGCCAGUCCCACUACUCAACCGCACCCACCCAGACACCCUCUCCAGCCCAGCCAGCCAAAUUCGCACGAUUCAUCCGCAAGCCGCCCCCGCCAAGAAUACCCAAACCACAUCAUGGAAUAGAGACCGUCGAGGCAUUCCUCGAAUCCCUCCGAAGACCAUCCCUGCUGGCACUCGCGAACAAGUUCACAGAGUGGGACCAGCUCUUCUCCCUCGAGCCCAAGACCCAGCUGGUCAAGGAUGGCACACUCUCAGUCCCUAAGGAACGACGAUAUCUUCUGAGGUGCAUGGAACUAUUCAGACAUGGAUUGGAUCCUAAGGAAUUCGCUGUCGGCGUCAGGAAACCGAAGAAAUUCAGAGGAUGGGGUCCGCGUGUCCAACACGGAAAGCGACUCAGGGGCAAGCCGGCCGGGCGAGUGACAAUAUAA